AUGUGGGUAUCUUCCACCCCUGCUUUCUGCUCCUCCAAUCGCCUAGCACCGCCCGUGACUGUUACACUCACAUCCCCCUCCUCGCAACUCAGUCUUUACAUCUCACCUUGCAGAAAGCACGGAGUACGUUCACGUCUAUUAAGCUUCGUGCAUUUGAGUUCGAGCGUUACACUUGAAGUUGAACCCAUGACAACUAUCUAG